GCGAGGAGGACCUGUUGCGCUUAUCGCUAAACUGAGAAACCAAAGAGGGAACUUAACCUGAACUCAACGUGGAUUCCUGUGGGUUGUGAUCCGACCCUGUCAAACACGAUGGAUUUGAAAGAGUUUGGAGAGGAGUCAUGCGAGGGACGCACGGAGGAUCUGGACAGCGUGAAGGCGCUGACGGAGAAGCUGAAGUUACAGACGCGCAGACCGUCCUAUCUGGAGUGGCAGGAGCACGUCCAGAGCCGACCGUGGAAGGAAGGCUAUUCAGCGGACACGGACACUGGUAGUCCGGGCUCUGCGGAGGAACAGACCGUCUCCGUGCCUGUGGUUUUACGCAAUGAGAACUCAGAACUGGUUGUGCGCAACAUCUGUGGCUUUGAGACUAUUGAUGAUGCUUUGGAGUUUCUGAGAAAAGAGCUGAGGGAGAUGCAAGUCCAGGACAACCGUUUGGCCCGCCAGCUCAUCCGCCUGCGUGGGGAGAUCCACCGGCUGAAGGUGGAGCAGGUUUGCGACCGCCACAAGGAGAUGCUGGACGACGCCACGUACGAGCUGGAGGAGUGCGGAGAGGAGUCUGACCUGCUGUGUGACAUCCCCAUGAAGGCCACCUUCGCCCUGUCCACCACGCUGAAGCACCUGGGCCUCACCAAGAUGAACAUCAACUCCAGGCGGUUCUCACUGUGUUGAAAGCUUAAAAAAACACCUCGUCAUUAAUGUUACUGAGAAUCUUCCAGUCCCCUCCUCUGACUCCUCUGAGCUUGUGUAGACACAUUAUCAUUAUUAUUGUGACUGUUUCCUCCUCUAAAGGUGUUUUGGUGCCAGAGUGGAGAGAGGCUGCCAGCUACUGCAGGGUUAAAAUGAAAGGACUUAUUUGAUGUGCACAUUGGCUUGAUGUGCAUGAGGAAGCCUCUGUGUACAGACCUGCAUGGGCACAGUUCCUUAAUACCAACACACCUUCCUCCUGGAUGGAGCCUGAGCUGCUCUAUUGACUGUUAUUUGCACAAUGCAACAUGAAACAACGUAGACAAAUAAAACCUGGGAGUUGGUAUGAAGUGUAAAGGUUUCAAAAAACAAACCAUACUGUAAUAUGGUUCAGAUCAGUAGUGAUAUUUUUGACUGAAAUAAAAAGUAUGAAGGUUGCAUUUCUGCUCCAAUCUGGUCCUGGCACAGUUUAAAAAAAUGCUCUCUAAAACAGUUUUCCCUCCAUGCAGCAUAUUCCAGCUGCUGAUUUGUCAGUGCACUGUCCAGUUACCAGUAUCCUCAGAGGAAGCGGGAGGUCACACUGCAGCAUUUUUACACCCUUUCUUCACACACACCAAAAAUAUCUCCACACUCUCACCACUGCAGUGACACGACCCAGGAGGCCACAUGUGAUGCAUUUAGUUUUCCAUUACAACAUCAAGAUGCUGCAGGGCACAGAUUGUAAUCUACAAAUGGCUGGACAGUGACCAAGUAUAAUGUGCAUUGAGCAAGUUAAAUAGUUUAUUAUAUAUAAAACAAUUAAGAAGAAAAAAAUAGUUUUUCUUAAGUGAUAUUUUACUUUUUUAUAGUUGUUUAAGAAAAACAUUAAAGUUUUCUUAUUGUUGUGAAAUCAUGCUUCUGUAAAAUGAACGUGUAUAUGACAAAUGAGUAUAAAAGAAAAAUGCCUUAAAAUGUAAACUGCAAUUCUCUUGCACAUGCAAUACCAUAUUAAACACACUUUACUAUGUCUA